AGUACAAUACAAAACGCUAAUUUCACUACUACCGGAGUACCGCGGAAGGCAGCUUUUGCUGCUUUCAUUCCACGCUCCGUCUCCUUGCCUCUCAAAGGUGCCAAGUGCCCGUGGCAGCCAGUGCCACCGCCGUCUGGUCAACCGCUCCGGGAUGUUUGCCCUCCGCUGUCAAUCUACAUAGACAACACAUGCAGCAGUGCUUUUUUCAGCUUGCCAGAAUAAUACUCUCCGGUCUCAGCAGCUCCCUUCACUGGAAGAGCUAAGAAGAGACUGAGAGGAAGGCGGAGGAGAUGAAAACUCGGAGCUCGGCGAGGGGGGAGCCGAGGAAGAUUGGGAAUGUGGCUCUGCUGGCCCUCAUGCUCUGCUCCGUCGUCGCGCUCUCCCUCAUCAGGGGAAGGUUCGCCCCAAUCGCUAGCACUGGAGGAGAUGCCAUCAAAUCGGAGGACGUGGUCGCGUUGGUGAAAAAUGCUGCUGGCAACAUUGAGACUGGCGGCCAUGGCGCCGACGAGGCCGCCGUUGAAGCUGCUGCUGAGGAGAAAAACAAGGAGGAGGUUGAGCGCAAGCCCGCCGACGCCACCGCAGCCGACACCGCGAAGCCAGUGUGCUACGAGACGAGCCGCCGCUCCGAUACCUGCGAGGCGGCAGGCGACGUUCGUGUGGUGGGGAGCAGCCAGACCGUGUACGUCGACACGCUGGAGCGGGACUGGAAGACCAGGCCGUACUGCCGGAAGCACGACGCGUUCGCGCUGUCCCACGUCAAGGAGUGGUCCCUCAAGCCGCUCCCCUCCGGCGCGGCGCCGCAGUGCACGUCGAACAGCUCGGCCACCGCCUUCGUGCUAUCCACCGGCGGGUUCACGGGUAACCCCUUCCACGACUACACGGACGUGCUGAUCCCGGCGUUCAUCACGGCGCGCCCGUUCGCUGGCGAGGUCCAGUUCCUGGUGAGCAGCUACAAGUCGUGGUGGAUGAACCGGUACAUCCAGAUCUUCCAGCAGAUGAGCCGGUACGAGGUGGUGGACAUCGACGCCGACGACGAGGUCCGGUGCUACCGUAGGGUGGUGGUGGGGCCGACGUUCCACCGGGAGCUCGGCGUGGACGCGUCCAAGACGCCCGGGGGCUACUCCACUGCCGACUUCCGCAAGAUGCUGCGCAACGCGUUCGGGCUGGAGCGCGCGACGGCCGCGCCUAGUGGCGACCGGUGGGACAUCCGGCGCCGCCCUCGCCUCCUGAUCAUCUCCCGGCGCCCCUCCCACGGGCGCGCGUUCAUGAACGAGCGCGCGAUGGCGGACAUGGCGGCGAGCCUGGGGUUCGACGUGCGGAUCGGGGAGCCCGAGACAAGCACAGACACGUCCAAGUUCGCGCGGCUGGUGAACUCGUGCGACGUGAUGGUCGGCGUGCACGGGGCCGGGCUGACCAACAUGGUGUUCCUCCCGGCUGGCGCCGUGCUGGUGCAAGUGGUGCCGUACGGGAAGUUGGAGUGGCUGGCCCGGAACACGUUCGCGGAGCCGUCGGCGGCAAUGGAGGUCCACUACAUGGAGUACGCGGUGCAGCUGGACGAGACGACGCUGAGCGAGCAGUACCCGAGCGACCACCCGGUGCUGAGGGACCCCAUGGCCAUCCACAAGCAGGGGUGGGAGGCGCUCAAGACCACGUACCUCGACAAGCAGAACGUCCGGCCGCACCUCGGGCGCCUCAAGAACACGUUCCUCCAGGCGCUCAAGAUGCUGCCGCACGGACGGGACGAUUGAUUAGCCUGCGCCACUAGUUGAUCGAGACCUCAGUUUUGGAGGGGUAGAUGUAUAGGUUAAUGGUAAUUAAUGUUUGGGUUAUUUGUUUUUUCUUUAUUAGUUUGCAGCAUGAGUAAGAGGCUGCACCGGUUGCAGCAAGCAGUAGACUACUUCAAGAGGUAGUAGUAGUACUACUAUGAAUGGGAGCGUUCAACUGUUUAUAAACCAGUAUACUUUCUCUCU